UCUGGCAUUGGAACGCGCAACAAUAACCAGCAGCAUUGUGCAAGGCGAGCGUUUCACGCGUAAAUUGACACUCGAAUGCCCGCAGUUAAACGAUGUCUAUGGGUGCAAUAUAUCUCCCUAAAUGUCGACGUUUCUGUGUUGGGGAUAUGUAAGCAGCAUACGGCCACGCAUUAUUUUACGACAGAAACAAUUUGGUAUCCUUCAGGCUACCAAACUAUUGUUCCAAAACAUUCGGGGUUUUUUUCUUCUUCUGCAGUUGACCCUUGAACUCUUAAUGACGGCCGGUGAUAUAAAAGCCGUAAGUGGUUGUUUUUUUUAAAUACAUCAUCGUCAAGCUGUUGCUGUCGUUAUGCCACUAAAACAAUACAAAUGGAUUCGACUUCAAUCAAACGCUGGAUCACGGGAUUCUUAUGACGUGUCUGAUGGGUUAUGGGGGUUGUUUGGCUAUAAUUCACCACGCUGUUCAUUUGUGGUUAGUGAAGGGUGGAGGGUUAAAAGAGAGCGGGUGGAGCAAAAAGAGGUUCAAAUAUCACUCGCCAAUGACGUAAACCGCGGCCGAAAAUUGACCUCGGAUGGCCGGGUUUUUUAAAUCAAUAUUUUUUUCUACACGCAUGGCAAUGCACAGUCGCGUGCGCAGGUCAUUUAAACGAAUAACGUUGUGAAAUCUAGAGUUACUGUAACAACUACUCUUUAUUGUUAUAACGCUAAGAAACAUGACGCUUAUCUCAGGGCGAUUAGCACAAUGCGCCAUGAACUCAACGUCCUGAAUUCUACCGUAAACCACGGCUAAUAUCAGCAGCGAGUAAUAUAAUAAUCGGGGUUAACCCCUCCCCCCACCACUAAGCCGCAGUGAUCAGUUUGGGGAAGUAUGGUGACGAAAACUCUAUUUCCGACAACCUCCCAAGCAGAGGAUUGACAAGGGCUGUGAAUUAUUUCCAAGCAAUUCGCUAUAGUGAAGACAGCAGCAGCAACAACAACAAAAUCGCACCCACUAUACAGAUGCCAUACGUUUGUGAAUUCUUUAACUGCAUUUGAGAUUUUCGUUUCGAAACUUCACGUGACGCUUCAUAUUUUGCGUCAUGGGUUCAGCGAACAGAACAGAACGUCACAGCGUGGGUCCCAACGCACGGUCAGCAUGAGCACGGUUGGUCUACGUACGGUGCGAAAAAAAAGUUAUCCAGUCGACGCGUUAUCUCGGCAAUCAAGUGUGCCAACAGAAGACCCCCAGCAGUCGCUUUAGCCUAAUGUUAUCUGUGACCAAACAUGACGCCACGCCAUAUACUAAGUAUAGCGCACUGCCUCAAGUAUAUAUCUGCCAGUUACUGUUAGCAGAGCAGCAGAGGCCCUAAAGCUUACUUGUUAGUGCACAGGGCAAUGCUGCUGCUGCUGCUGCAAGCCGCGAUUAUUUCUUUCACCGGUGACGGGAAUUUCAAAGCCGUCUUUGGAAACUAGUCCGCCGCAUAACCAUGUCGUUUGCAGUAGACAGCUGAUACAUUCUGCCUUCGCAACGUACAGGCGAUAGACACUCUUUGGAAGGAACAUGUUUUUCGAGGCUAGUCUGCCGGUUACAUUAUUUUUUGGUAAGUGUUGGUAAAUUUUUAUACAAGAGAGAAAAACAAUGUUGCCGUUUGUCUCGCAGACCCGAGAUUAAUUUUUAACCAAAUUUAAUGCAACUGCAAUUGACGACCAUUUCACAUUUGCCAAAUCGUGCAAAUUAAUAUUUGUUGCGGAUAUAAGCUGUCUGGUUGGUUUGGCUGGCAAGCUCCUAGUAUAGCCUCACAAUACUCGCCGUGGGUUUCCAAACUCGGCAGAAGAAAUGGGCUCCGUGUCAUACCUGGAAGGUUUCGCAGAACCGUACGGAAACCAAUCGUUUUUCACCUUCUUUUCCACCUUUGGAGCCUACAAUCAGCGUGCCGAGGCAUCGGCAGAAACCACUAUCCUGGCGCUCAUCUUCAUUACGAGCCUUGUGGGCAAUGUCACGGUGCUCCUGAUCGUGUUCACGACCUCCUACAUGAGGUCCACCACGUGUCUGCUCGUGACCAACUUGGCCGUUCUGGACAUCGUCUUCACGCUGAACAUACCCGCCGUCGUCAUCACCAGGUGGUCGGGUUCGUGGAUACUCGGCAAGGGCCUCUGCAAGAUCACCCUCUUCAACAUGUCUCUGUGUGGCUUCUGCUCAGUCUUGACAAUGGCGCUCAUCAGCUUGGACAGAGCUCGUCACAUCCUGCCCCCGCACGUGAGAGCCAUCCGCACCCGAAGUCAGCUGUUUCUCUCCAUCUGCGUUACCUGGAUGCUGUCGUGUCUGGGCGCAUUGCCUCUCUGCAUCUAUUUCCAAGUGAAGACCUUCACCUUCUCUGGCGAGGAGGUGCACAUUUGUACCAUCCUGUGGCCAACAAGGGGCACAUCGUGGUCGUGGCUGGUGGUGAUUUUCUUGGGCAUGCUGGUUGUGCCUUCCACAGUCCUCACGUUGAAUUACAGAAGGAUUUACAAGGUGGCAAGGGACAGCAGGAUCCGUGUUCGCCAGAACGUGGAGCCUGCUCGGCUUAACGGUGGCAUCAGAAUUUCCUUUAAAGAAUUCCGCCUCGUCAAGAUGCUGAUAAUUCUGGUGAUCUCACUGUACAUCAUGUGGGUCCCGAUCUACAUCAUGCUGUGGCUCAUCGAAGCAGACCGAGAACUCGUGAACGUUUACAACUGGAAGCCCUUUCUGUCCUCCAGAGCAUUCCUCUGGGUGUCCACCGUCACGCUCACAAACUCGGCCAUAAACCCGGUCUUGUACGGGGUCCUCAACACGCAGUUCAGACGCGGCUUCAAGAGGUACUUCUGCUGCCUCCUCCGAGCGAACGCAGACUCCGCCACGGACGAAACGGCGACCAACGAUCAGAACGACGAACGCUACGGGGUCGAGAGGCAGCAGGGCGGCGUCGACGGCGCAGUGACGGCUGGGGGCCCUGCGCCAGACUUUGGGGGGCACGAGGGCGUGCGGCCGGCGGCCACCACAAUCGCGAGGUCAAGUGGAGGCGACCGAGGUAACGGAGCACUGCCGUCCUCUCAUCGCGGGGCGAUCAGCUGUCGUCUCUGA